AUGGUGUUCUAUAGGAGUGUUUCGCUGCUCUCUAAGCUAAGUAAUCGUGCUGUAAGUGUUCAACAGCCGAGUCUGAGCAAUUCAGUCAGGUGGCUUCAAAUUCAGACCUCCUCUGACCUCGACCUUCGUGCACAGCUCAAGGAAUUAAUUCCAGAACAACAGGAGCGUCUGAAAAAGAUCAAGUCAGAAUAUGGAAAAGUUCAAUUGGGUAACAUUACUGUUGAUAUGGUACUUGGUGGAAUGAGAGGAAUGAUAGGUCUCCUAUGGGAAAUAUCCUUACUUGAUCCAGAUGAGGGAAUUCGGUUUCGGGGUCUCUCCAUACCUGAAUGCCAGAAGGUAUUGCCAGCAGCAAAACCUGGUGGAGAGCCGUUACUUGAGGGUCUUCUUUGGCUUCUUUUGACUGGAAAGGUACCAACAACAGAACAAGUGAAUGCUUUGUCCAAAGAAUUACGCACUCGUGCCAUUAUCCCAGAUCAUGUGUAUAAAGCCAUCAAUGCAUUACCUAUAACAGCUCAUUCAAUGACUCAGUUUACAACUAGUGUCAUGGCUCUUCAGGUACAAAGUGAAUUUGCAAAAGCUUAUGAGAGUGGAAUCCAUAAAUCCAAAUACUGGGAGCCAACAUUUGAGGACUCUCUUUCAUUGAUUGCUCAACUGCCAGUUGUAGCUGCAUAUAUAUACCGUAGGAUAUAUAAAAAUGGAGAAGUUGUGGCAGCAGAUGAGUCGUUAGAUUAUGGUGCAAAUUUUGCACAUAUGCUUGGAUUUGAUAGUCCAGCCAUGCAAGAGCUUAUGAGGCUUUAUGUCACUAUCCAUACUGACCAUGAAGGUGGAAAUGUCAGUGCUCAUACUGGACAUCUUGUUGCUAGUGCUCUUUCGGAUCCAUACCUCUCAUUUGCUGUAGCAUUAAAUGGUGUAGUUGGACCCCUCCAUGGUUUGGCUAAUCAGGAGGUUUUGCUUUGGAUAAAGUCAGUGGUGGAUGAAUGUGGAGAGAACAUAACCAAGGAUCAAUUGAAAGACUAUGUUUGGAAAACCUUGAAUAGUGGGAAGGUUGUUCCAGGAUUUGGGCAUGGAGUUUUAAGGAAAACGGAUCCCAGAUACAUGUGUCAAAGAGAAUUUGCAUUAAAGCACUUGCCUGCUGAUCCUCUUUUCCAGCUGGUUUCAAAGCUUUAUGAAGUGGUGCCUCCGAUCUUAACAGAACUUGGCAAGGUGAAAAACCCUUGGCCCAAUGUUGAUGCUCACAGUGGGGUGUUGCUUAACUAUUACGGUUUAACUGAAGCAAGAUAUUACACUGUUCUGUUUGGUGUAUCCAGAUCCAUUGGAAUCUGUUCACAACUGAUAUGGGACAGAGCACUUGGGUUGCCACUUGAGAGACCAAAAAGUGUUACAAUGGAAUGGCUUGAAAAACACUGCAACAAAUCUGCAUAA